AACCAUACAACACUAUCUCACGAAAAAACCUAAAACUCUUUCAGACCCUAACUGCCGCGGCGCCGCUACCCACCCCACACGCCGGCUGCCUCCAUUCUAUCCUCCGGCACGGCCGCCAUCCUGCCACGGCGCCGCCUCCCUUCUCCCUUCCCCUUCGGCUCAGCCUUCUCUCAACUCCAACGCCACAGCGCGCGGCCUCUCCUCCACAGAGUGCCGCUUCCACCUUCGGCAUUCGCCACCAGCAGCAGUGUCCCCUCCUCGCCGCAAAUUACUCCUCUGUCCUUAGGCGAAGCAAGAACAAGGGCUGUCAAGGAUGGUUUUAUAUAUAGGUAGAUAUAUUUUCAUUGAUGCAGUACUUAUUCAAUGGGGCGCCGCAACUCUGUAUCUCCUGUCAGAACUGAUAGGUCUCCUCGUAGAAGAAGCCCCUCUCGUAGAGAAAGAUCUCCUGCUCAUGAAAAAAGAAAGUCUCCUCCCAAUCACAGGAGUUCAAAUGCAGAUAGGCUUUCAAGUCGUACUAGAUCACCUAAACGAGCUAGAUCAAGAUCCCCUGCAUCUCAUUCACCUGUGAGGGAGAAAAUCCAUAGCCGCACCAAACCCCCAAACCCUAGAAAAUCACCAUCUCGCUCCCCUAUUCAUGUCAGACAAAAACUUUCAAGCCGGACGAGAUCUCCGAAUCGGGAGAAAUCAAGGUCUCCGCCACCUCUUUCACCGCGUAGCAAAAGAUUACAAAGAACUAAAUCUGAACGAGAUGCUGACAAAGGGAGCGAGAGGGAAUACGAGAAAAAUCACAAUAGGAAGAGUGAUAGAGCUGCUCGUGAGGAAAAGGAAUUAGGCAGGGAUUUACCGGUUGAGAAGAAAGAGAGAAAGUUAGGAAGGGAUGCUGCUGGUAAUGGUUCUAGAUCCAGACACGAACGCUCCUGUUCACCUUCUGAUCGUCACCGCAGGGGUCAACGGAGAUCUAGAUCGCCUUCUACUGCUGACAACAGAGGACGUAAUGAGCUGGCGAACCCAAGAGAUGAUGAAGAUCGUAAUGGUGACAGCGAGGCUCUAGCUAAGAUGAGGGCCGUGGAAGAAUCAUUGGAAGCAAAGGAAAAACAUAAGCCUUCAUUUGAGCUGUCCGGAAAACUUGCAGCAGAAACCAAUCGAGUAAGAGGUGUAACACUGCUGUUUAAUGAGCCACCUGAUGCUCGAAAACCAGAAGUAAGGUGGCGGUUGUAUGUUUUCAAGGGUGGUGAAGUGCUCAACGAUCCUCUUUAUGUACAUCGUCAAAGUUGCUAUCUUUUUGGUAGAGAGAGAAGGGUUGCAGACAUCCCAACAGACCACCCAUCCUGCAGUAAACAACAUUCGGUUCUUCAGUAUAGGCAAGUAGAGGAGGAAAACCCAGAUGGCGGCGUGACAAAACGAGUGAGGCCUUAUUUGAUGGAUCUUGGAAGCACCAAUGGGACCUUUGUCAAUGAUGAGCGGCUUGAACCUCAGCGAUACUAUGAACUGUUUGAGAAAGACACUAUCAAAUUUGGCAAUAGCAGCCGCGAGUAUGUUCUGCUGCAUGAGAAUUCUACUGGAUGAUGCUAUCUGUUCCCUGCCAAAAGCUCUUAGAAGUCCCUUUUUGCUAUACCGAGUCGUCUGUAGGAUGAAGGAAACAAUCGGCAGCAAUCCUUGCUCAAGUAUAAAGACUAAAUAUACUGAAACCAAGCUUUAUUUUACGAUCAUGGCUCUAUUUAGUCGUAAAUUAUCUGGAAUUUUGCACUAAAAUCUAAUUAAGGCUUUUCAUUGCACACAUUUGUAAAUUGAUGAAAUGGAAUGUGUGAAAAUGCUGCCUUUUUUCUGUUUUGAUUUGGUUUGAAAUUAGCACUUGAAGUU